UCAGUCAAAACAACUUAAAAAAAGACUUUCUUUACAGACUCUCUCGUAACUUCGCCGCCGCCGCCGACCGCCACCACAUCUCCUCACCCUAAGAUAUAGGGAUCUCAGGAGCAUUUCUACCACUCCACGUCUCGUUUAUUACGGUUUUGCCAUCACAAUUUUCUCUCAGAACCACUAAACUAAACCCCACACUCACCCUGUCUACUGUUUCUCUCGUCUAGGGGUUUUCUUCUCUUCUGUGUUCUGUCUCUCAAACCUCAGUUGUUAGAUGGCUAAAGCUUCAGGUACGAACGCUUCUCCAGGUGGUAGUAAAGCCCGCGUGAGAAUUGUGGUUUGUGGCGGAAAGGGUACCGGAAAUUCGAGCUUGAUUGAAACUGCUGCCGCUGAUAUGUUUCCUGCCAAUGUGCAGCCUGUUUUGCUGCCUACCCGGCUGACGGAGGAAUUUUACCCUGACAGCGUGCCCAUAACCAUUAUUGACACCUCUUCAAGUGCGGCGGAUAGAAGUAAACUGAGUGAAGAACCGAAGAGGGCUGAUGCAGUUGUGCAGACUUAUGCCUGUGAUCGGCCUGAGAACAUUGAAGAAUUGAGUGGCCUGUGCUUCCAAAUUUAUAAUAAAUAUUUGCGUUGCAGUGGGCGCUUAUGGCACUUUUUGUAUGCUGUUCAUGUUAAUCAACCUGGGGGAACUAGAAAAAUCCUUGUGUUCCGAGAAAUUCCUGAGGAUGAGGAUGUAGUUGGAAAACUACUCUCUAAUAAAGAUUCUUUGGCUGCCUCUGAUGUAGCAGUUUUUGUUCAUGACAGUUCUGAUGAGUCCUCCUGGAAAAAAGCAACCAAGUUACUUGUAGAUGUUGCUGGUCAUGGUGAGGCUACUGGCUAUGAGGUGUCUUGCCUUAUUGUCACCGCAAAAGAUGAUUUGGAUUCAUUUCCAACUGCAAUACAAGAUUCUACCAUGGUUAGUCAGGAUGUGGGAAUAGAGGCUCCUAUUCCAAUUAGCUCAAAGUUGGGUGAUUUCAAUAAUAUAUUCUGGAGGAUUGUAGUUGCAGCAGAGCAUCCGCACUUGAGCAUUCCAGAAACUGAUGCCGGGAGAACCCAGAAGCAUUAUCAUCGACUCAUUAAUCACUCCCUUAUAUUUGUUUCAGUUGGAGCUGCGGUGGCCAUUGUUGGACUGGCAGCUUAUCGUGUCUAUGCAGCAAGGAAACACACCUCUGGCUGAAAAACACCUUAUGCAGUGUUUGGCUUAAACAAGUUGAGUUCAAGCUUACGAUAUUUAAGUUCUAACUCGGCUUAACUCAAAUUGGAGUGCAUCUCAUCAACAAUUUUUCUCAUUUUUUAAUGUUGGUUUCAGUUCUUCUCCAAUGAUUCUUUUCGAGUCAAAUGAGCUGAGUUUUAGUCUCGAGCUAAAUAUUUUAGAUUUGAGCCAAGUCCAAAUUGACCCAUUAUUCAGGUUUGGUUUGGUUUGAAUCAGCCUUGACUCCAAACACACUUAAUCUCCAGCAGCUGACGCAAACCCUUUAACGCAAACCCCAGCUGCCUGGCUUUAUCGACCAAGAAAUGAUAAAAAAGAUUAAAGGCUACACCCAUAGGGAUGUUAUGCUUGUUGGCUCGUUCAACGGGGUGAAUCAAAGCCCAGUUGUCUCUCAGCCGUUGAUCUCUGAACAUUCAGUAAACAGCCGGACCCAAAUGCUGAUCAGAUGGAGGUGAAACUUGUUUUAGCACCCAAAUGCGGCUGGGAUGGACAGAGGACGAUGGCAGAGAUAGCGACGCCAUGGCCCAGGAGGUUAAGAGAAAAAUGAAGAAGAGCAAUAAGGAAAUGGAGGGAAGUGGAAACGUGUUUACAGUUACAGCUGUGGUUUUGAAAUGGCAUAUGUAGAUAAGUUAAAAUUUGAACACGUAAGUAGGCUUUGGAUGCCAUCAACAAUUUAGCCCUUAAAGUUUGGCACCUGAGCAUCUGAAAAGUGUUACUUUUGAUCUAAAUGUUUCAUAGAAUCAUAACAAAAGUAAAUGAAAUUCACAGGGACAGAGUUGCAUUGUUGCCUCUAAAGAUUAUGAUCUGGAUUCAUUUUCUACCAGGGUAUUUACUUUCUUUGAUAUUCUUAUUUUCCUUUUAAAGUAUAUUGAAUGGUGACAGCAAUAUUUAGUAUUUUCUCCUGUUGGGUUAACGAUUGAUUGUAUGUCUGAGUCUGACUAUAAAUAACAGAGUAAACGUCCAUGGUUAUCGUUUC